AUGGGAGCCUAUUCAAAUUCCUAUACAAAACGAUUUAAAGUCGAAGAAACGUGGGCAGAGAUCGUACGGGAUGGAUUGAAAUGGUUGGCUUUGUGUGCGAUUUUCGUGAUCAUUGUGUUGAUUGUGAAAUUGGAAUACGAAACAUCAAAAGAUGAGGCUGAUGAAUUGAGUCAACUGUACACAUUCAAAGACGGCAACUCGUCCUCAUUUGAUGGGUAUGAUGAGGAGCAAGAAGAAUUCGCCUCUUUCAAUCCCUUCAACUCGAUUUUGGGUCAUUCCCUCGAAAUGAUCUAUUUCAAAGUCUAUCGCCCACGAGGACUUUUUGUCGAUUUGGAGACAAGACCAUUACUAACACUCAAACAUAUACAAAGACCAAAUUGUGUCAAGCCAUUUGUUGACUACUUUUCUCAAUACAAAGGCUAUUCGGGUUCCGUUGAAAGACCGUCAAUUCCUGAUGAGAAAAGUCCCUUCCUGAUGGGUGGAAUGGCGACAUUGAAACAAGAAGAGGAAAGCAAAAUCAUCAACAAAUGGUCUCGUGCCAAUGUUCUCAACUACAUCGAUUCCUAUCAUUUCGCCGAGAUUUCCCAAGUGCCAAAUGAUUUCUGGAGAAACACCGAAUGGGAUUGGGGAAGUGUUGGUUUACAUCACGCUUUCGAUCGUUUUCCCAUUGAGGGAAAAUCGGGAAUGAUUUAUGGAUCGGAUGGAAAAGAGCCUUGGGUGGAGAACUUUGCGAUUAUGCACGGUGCCAAAGAUUUGAUGAUCGUCGAACAGCAGAAAAUCCUUUCCAAUCGGGAUUCUCGUCUUCAAUACAUCACUCCUUUCGAUUUGGCAAAGAAUUAUGAAAAUCAUUCACAACGAUACGAUUUUGUUGUCUCUUUUGCUCAAUUGAGUAAAUUGGGAUUGGGAAUGAAUGGCGAGAUUGUUGAUCCAUUUGCUGAUAUCGAUGCUAUUCUUCGGAUUGGUUGCACUUUAAAGAAGGACGGAAUUCUAUUUUUUGGGGACACAAUCGGUCGAGAUUCUCUUCAUUUGAAUACAAGGCGAAUGUACGGAAGGAUACGAUUGCCGAUGCUAUUUGCAGGUUUCGAAUUGAUGGACACUUUCUUGAACAGUCAAAUCGAUCCAGUAAAAUUAGAUGGAAAUUGUUCUGGAACUAAUGGCAAAUCAUACAUGCCCGACAUUUUGGACAGCAAAUUCAAAAAGCAUCCGAUGCUUUUGUGGCGCAUUUUAAAUCCGGGCAUGCUACAUAUA